AUGUACCAGCACAAUUGCGCGGACGCCGUCAACCGUGGCGACUUCCUCGUCGGCAACUCCUCUCUCUUCGUCCGCGCCUGGAGGCUUGAGGCGCAUGCUGACAAUGAAGACAUGAUGUACCACGUCCGUUUGUGCAUCGAGGGGAUCCCGGUCCAUGCCUGGAAUGAGUACGUCACUUCGUUCAUCAUCGGCCGUCGGUGCUCCCUCGACUACAUCGAGCAACGGUCUCUGCGCCGGGAGGACACGCGCGACCUGGCGCUCUGGGCGUGGACGUCCGACCCCAACGCCAUUUCUAAGGUGAUGUGGCUCACGCUGCCCGCCCGCGGCCACCGACGCCGCGGCCGGCGCGGCCUAAGACACCGUGUGCUGCUGCACCUGGACCUGCUCGAGGACCACUCCAAGGCGCGGGACGACGACGACGACCCAACACCUCCUGACCUCUACGAGUACACCUGGUUCCACCAUACAGUGGACGGCACGGGGCGGCGGGGUGACAGGCGUGCUGGUCAGGCUAGUGACGUCCAGCGCCCGGUGCGGCGCGACGACGAUGACGACCGCGGCGGCCGCCGCGGCCGUGAUGGCCCCCGCGCGCAGGGCGGUUGGCGCGACCGCAUCCGUUGCUCCCUGUCCGGGGGCGCCCGUGACCGUCAGCGGCAAGAUGGCCAGGAGAGGUCCCGCGAUCGCUCGAGCGGCACGGGCGGGAGGCGCCAUGGCGCUGAAAUUGUGGUCGCCCUGGGCGACGUUGCGCCGGCCGAGGCUCCCUUGGUCCUGACGGGCUCUGGCUCCGCUAGCGACGACUGGGCAUGCGCCUUGGAGCUCCAGCCGGUGCGUGGCCGCAGCCCGGCACGCCAAGGCUCGCCGCGGGCUGCGCGCAGACGCUCCUAG